ACGACGCCCACCAAUGAGUACGACUUCGGCGCCAUUCCGCGCACCAGAAGUCGACACCCGAUGUGGAAGCUGUCCACCACUUCGCAGACACUGAAAAUCGGCGAAUCUCUCGGUCUCUCCGACGACGACGUCGACGACGACACUCAAGACGACGACUUUCGACGACAAAGACAUCAUUCUAUCGACUUAUUCGCUGUCUCUCUCUUUCCCGUCGCUCAUCGCUCUGUCCGCGCAGCCGCCGCCGCGGAGAUCGGUCUUUCCAUCUCUCCGUUCGCGCCGUCCGUCCACCAGCCCUCGCAUCACCAGUUUGUGCUCACCUGCAAGGGAUUCGGCGCCGAGCCCAACCUCUUCUCGAACCUCCGAUGGUUCGAUCCGCGCGGCGAAGAGAUCACCAGAACGUAUUCAAAAGCGACCAAUGCCGACAUCCGCGUCGAGGAGUUGCAGUUCGGCGUCAUUCUGCUCCACUUCUUGAACCCGUUUCCCGACAACUCCGGCCAAUACCGCUGUUCGGCCACUUUCCAGCAUUCC